CCUCCUCAUGAUAAUUGCUCUCCCUCGAUCCCAAUGACAACCCCAAGCCUCUCCCUACCCCUUUGCAGCUUGCUCCUCUUGCUCCCCCUGUCCCUCUCUCAGCUCGCAUAUGAUCUCCCCCCACUAAACCCGAGGCUAGAUAAGGCCUACAUAGCCCUCCAAGCCCUCAAACACUCCAUAACCUCCGACCCCAAGAACCUCACCGGCGACUGGUGGGGGCCCCACCGCCUCCACGGCCCCUUCCCCUCUGUCGUCCUCGACAUCCCUUCUCUCAAAUACCUCGACGUCCGCUUCAACGACUUCGCCGGAAACGUCCCCGACAGGCUGUUCGAUUUGAAACUAGACGCCGUGUUCGUCAACAACAACAAUUUUCAGUACGCUCUGCCCGAAAACAUCGGCAACUCGACCGUCUCGGUCCUCGUGCUGGCCAACACCCGACUGACAGGCUGCAUUCCGAGGUCAAUCGGGAACAUGGCCGAAACCCUGAACCAGAUCGUGCUCCUGAACUCCAAUCUCUCCUCCUGCUUGCCGCCGGAGAUCGGACGGCUGACA